UCUUUUUAAUUAAAAUACAUAAAAACAUCUGAAGGCUGAAUCGAUCGGCUCCACAUCCCUCUACGGGAGAAAAAAUGAGUUCUAUCGAAAAAUUAUAUGGUACCCUCAAGAGAUCUUUCAUCGUAUUAAAUCAAUAUCUCCUUAGACGAACGAGAAAGUUUCCAUUAACACCUGAUAAUCUUGGGAUUGGGGUAAAUAUAUAUCUGAUCCUAUUAAAUAUUUAUAAUUUUCAAAAAAUUAUCACAAGAUCUUUGGCCUUCCAAUAAUCCAUUAAUUAUUAAACAAUGACAUUUGCAACAACCCACCAAUAAAAUAAAACGAAUCAAAGUACCACAGCUUCAUUCCCAACCCCCCUCCCACUUUCAAUUAAACCAGAAAAAAAUCAGCGAAACGAAUCAAAAAAAUUCCCAUCACUGAGUUCUGUCAUCCCCCCGACUGGAGAGAUGCACAGUCACUCACAUGAUAGACCCCAGGUCGAUUAUCGAUCUGUCAUCGAGCCUCUGCCCUCUCCUAAAGAGAGGAAAAGUGGUAGGAAACAGCCGGGAAGAGAAGAAAGAGGAGCAAGAUGAGAGUGGAAAGUCUGCCUCCUUCGCAUUUGCUCCACUGGCUCCACUCCAAUUAUUUUCCACGAUCCACUCGAGCCACCGCCAGAUACUCCAGUCACCGGUGGUGACACUCACACACACACACCCACACACAUCCAUAUACACAUUUGGCUUGCUCUUGAUAAACUAGAGCCAACCCACCCCCUUUGUUGAGUGGCCUCGAGCUCCCCUCGUACAGAGAAACGUUUUAGCUUUUCUAACUGAACCGCCUGAUCUCUGACGCCUACCUCCAUAAGCCCUCCUGUAUAAUCAUCCCCUCCCCCUCUACUCGCCCCUCAAAUGGCAAACAUCCUACCAAUUAUCUUUGCAAAUGACCCGUGAAUCGUCUCAAGGUGGCCAGAAAAAAGUUGCGAGCAAGAAAAUAAAAAAACGAAAAAUUUAUGUCGAGUUAUUAUCAGCGAUAAAUUUAUUGAGAAAAUUAGAUGAUUAUCUAUUCGCGUGAAUGAAGUGCUUGGAGGUAUCGCGUGUUUGAAAAAAUACAGGAGGGAUGGGGGGUUGAGAGGGGAGUGGGGAUUCAGCAUGUUUGAUAUCAGCCCUCGAAUUUAAAUCAGAGGGUGAGCAUGAGAAAGUUACGGAGGCGUCGGAGCGUCUUGAAUUCCUUCUGGCGAGCCGCCCCCAAGGUCGAGUGUAUCACUGGAGACUGUAUGUCGAGCGGAGGGCGAGUUAUGACAGAAAAUAACUGUGAUAAGUGAUAAAAAAUUUAAAAAAUGCAGAAAUUGAAACACAAUGAAACCAAAAAUUUUUAUAUUCCAAGAAAUUUCCAGGGGAUGAAAAGCUCCGGGUUUUAAUUAAACGUUUUUCAUGUUUAACGGUUAAUUUUGUGAACAAUACUUUGUCUAAUUAUGACAAAAAUUUCUCGUUCACCCCCGUCAAAUUGCCAGUGUGGACGCAGGAAUUUUUCGCUGAAAUUCCUCGUCGUGCGUCAGAAUCUGAAGCUAAAUACCUGCCCUCUCAUCCUUUCCGGGGUCUAAUAUUUUCCAUGCAAUAAAUCCGCAGCGAAAUUUUAAACGACUCAAAGCUCCCCUGAAAUCUAAUGCCGAAGGUGUCCAUUUUCCCCGACCCACCCCCGAGACUAAAAAUCUCCUAAAAAGUCUUUUCCCCCCUCAGUCGCACCUCCAACCCAUUCGCAGUCGCAAAAAAUCACGGAAACUGAUAAGAGCCCGCGGGAUAAGACCCCAAGCCUCCAAGAAUUCUCCACCCCAUUCUCUUCUACUUGUUCCACCCCCAUUGCCCUCCCCCAGCGCUGAACUCGCACACCUGUGUUGGUGCUGCCCUCCAGAAAUGUGUUGGUGGUUGAUAUCGACCCGGGGUGGCCAGUGCGUUGCAUGGCGCACGCCUGGAACAAGGGAAACACUCGGGCUGAGGGGAAGAUGUUGGCGGCGCCGUAGGCGAAGAGCGGCGAACGAGGAAGCGGUGGAUAGGAAACUGGUAGUAACCCGGCCAGUCCCCCGCGCGCGGGCGGUGCAUACGAGCCAGGACCCGGUGUGGACGGGUCUGAAAACUCCCUGAAAGCCGCAUAUUACUUAAUCUCAAUGCAGCUGAUUCAUUCAUACCAUAAUAAAACCCAGUGGAGUUCGCUAAAGUUAAAUAACAAAAGGAAAUUACAAAAUAAAUCCCCCGAAAAAUCGUCAUCACAUUUGUGUUCGUGACAACUGUUCAAUUCUACUGCUGUCAAAUUCGAUGACUAGAAUUCCGUCUUAUGGCAGUGAUUGUGACGAUGUUAUUUAAUUUUUUGUGCUUGAGAAUAAAAUUCACCAUUUAACCAUGUGAUUGUGUUUGUGGGGCAUGAGGUGACGAAUAAAUUGUCCGAAUUUUCAUUUCACCCCCUGAAAAUACGACUAAAAUUAUCAGAAACAUGAAGCGACAAUUUUACGGUAACCGAGCGUGUAAUUUUGGAUUGAUAAACCCUCGAGGGGGUAAAAAGGACAGCACAGGGGAGCUCCAAGGUCAAGUGACAAUACCUCUGGAUCUACACCAGCGUUAACGUUUGUGCUGAGUGACAGUGAGAUAGAAAAAUACUGGAAAGUGACGGUGGAAUUGAUAAUAAUUUUCAGUAGACAAUUAAUCAUGUCGCAGAGGCUCAUGAUACCAAACGAGGAUUCGUACCUGAAGUCAGGACGGCCGUCGAAUCUCUUUAAAACGAGUUUCUCGUGUCCCCAGCUGGAGCGAUUGUAUCGCUCCUCGUCGUUGCAGCAGAAACGCGGGGGUCUUCACUGUUUUAUUGUGUAUGCAAUUCUGUAUGAUAUUUACAUGCUACUGUCACCCGAACCGGAGUUACAGACCCGAGGAAUUGUUGCUGUUUUUCUUGGAUUGAAUCUUGGAUUAUUGGCUAUCGCGGAGAGGGGAACGAGGGCGAGGGAUACACUGUGGUCUACUCUGCCACACAUGGCAUGGCACCUGACACUCGCGCAAUUGCUUGCACAACUUUUUUUGAAGGCCGAUGUAACACCCAGGGAUAGUCUCGGGUGGCUUCUACUCAUGGUUUAUCUACUAUUUGCUACGCUACCACUGAGACUACUACUUUGCGCGUUACUUGCGCUCGGGACUGUUACAACUUAUGUCGUGGCGGUGGUCGGACUGGGGAAGAACCCCUUUCAACCGCCCAUUGAAGUCCUGGCGAUAACAGGAUCGUUAUCGCUGGCAGCAGCGAUCCUGGGUGCUUCGAGUUACUCCCUAGCGGAGUAUCAGCAACGUCGCGCCUUCCUGGAGACCCGUCAAUGUCUCCAAGCGCAAUUGGUAAUCGAGGAGCAAUCGGCAGAGCAGGAACGCCUGCUGCUGAGUGUUCUCCCCGAGCACGUGGCUGUGAAAAUGCGCCAGGACCUGGGUGCCUCCAUGGAUACGCAAUUCAAAAAAAUCUACAUGUCAAGACAUGAGAAUGUCUCCAUUCUCUAUGCCGAUAUCGUCGGCUUCACCGCCAUUUCGUCAACGUACAGCGCCAGCGAGCUCGUCAAGAUUCUAAACGAGCUUUUUGCACGCUUCGAUCGCCUCAGCGAAUGGUACGAGCAAUUGCGGAUAAAAAUCCUGGGUGAUUGCUACUACUGCGUGAGUGGUGCACCAGUCGAGCGCCCGGAUCACGCGAUUCUCUGUGUCCACAUGGGAUUAUCAAUGGUGGAGGCCAUAAAGUACGUACAAGCCAAGACUCAGAGCCCGGUGGAUAUGAGAGUUGGUAUACACACUGGUGCCGUUCUGGCUGGUGUUCUUGGACAGAGGCAGUGGCAGUUUGAUGUUUACAGUAAGGACGUGGUGUUGGCGAAUAAAAUGGAGAGCAGUGGAAUGGCUGGGCGUGUUCACAUUUCCGACACGACGAUGAGUUUUUUAAACGGAGAAUUCGAAGUGGAGCCAGCAUACGGAGAGAGGAGAGAGGAAGCCCUGGCGAAAGCUGGUCUCAUCACCUACUUCAUCGUAAGGGCGCUAAAGCCCUUCCAACCAGCAGCAGGAAAGAGCGUGGCACCUUUGGCCAGCACCGAAUCAUCACAGACGAUGAUUGAUCAUCCUGACGAGGGGAACGGUAAGGAGGACUCUAAGGACUUCCGGGAGAGGCUCAGAAUAGAGCUUGACAGUCGAGUGGGUGGUGCGGAAUUGAGGGGUCAAGCCUCAUGGCUGACGCUCAACUUCAAGGAUCCCAAUGUCGAGGCUGCCUUUCACAGCAGUGGAGAGGCAUUUUCACCACUUUCAUUACUGGGUGGGCCUUUGGUGAUGAUAUGUGCUGCGCCAGUUUGGAGGGUUCAGCCUUCGGGUAAAUUCACCUUCGGUGGUAUAGGCAUGGUCACUCUCUUUGGGAUUGUAUUAGCUGGAGCUACGUGUUUAGGGAGUGCCGUGCGUGCUCGAUGGCUCAGGCGGACUCUCGCUCUACUUAUGAUUUUUUCCCUCAGUAUUUUUAUUAUCCUCGACAUGGGUAAUUGUGCUGUAAUAGAUGAGGCAGAUCCACCCACCAACGCCUCCAUAAAAUCAUCCCGCUGCCCAUACCCCUCGUACUACUCGUACGUGGGCGUUUUAGCACUGAUUGUAAUUUCAAUGCCAGCGUACAUAAGUUACCUGGGUAAAUCUGUGCUCAUGUUCAUGCUGGCGGGUACACAAUGCUCAGUCAAUAUUCUCAUACUUGGGGCUAGUUUGGACCGCGAAGACAUGGCUUCGUACUCGUCUGACCCAGUGCCUCUGCCCCUCAAGUACUCACUUUCGGCUACACUAAUCACUGUUGCAGUUACACUCGUCAUUGUCGCCCGAUACACGGAGAAAUCGAGACGAAUUCUGUUUCUUCGUGGACGUGAAGUGGUGGCGCAGCGCGAGAGGGCAGCGGAUAUGAAGAGGCGUAAUGGCGCCUUAAUUUAUAAUAUUCUACCACCCCAUGUCGCUAUGUACUAUCUGUCGAACACUAGACACCACGAUGACCUGUACAGUCAGAGCUACUCGGAGGUCGGUGUACUCUUCGCUAGUAUGCCCACUUUUGCGGAUUUUUAUAGCGAGGAGAGUAUCAAUAAUCAGGGACUGGAGUGCCUCAGGUUCCUCAAUGAAGUCAUCUCCGAUUUCGAUGCUAUCCUCGAUCAGAGCAAGUUCAAGUGCAUCACGAAGAUCAAGACGAUAGGCUCGACCUACAUGGCAGCCUCAGGGAUUUCUGAGGACACAGAUCUCGAGGAUGGGCCCCGGUGGGGCCAUCUCUCCGCUCUAGUGGAGUUUGCCCUGGAGCUGAAGAAGGCUCUGUCGAGUAUCAAUGAACAGAGCUUCAAUCAUUUCGUCCUAAAGAUGGGGAUCAAUCACGGCCCAGUUACUGCUGGGGUCAUUGGGGCGAGAAAACCCCAUUACGACAUCUGGGGCAAUACCGUUAAUGUCGCCUCCAGGAUGGAGAGUACUGGAAAAGUUGGACAUUUGCAGGUGACCGAUGAAACGAGAAAAAUCCUUGAGCCCUUCGGCUACGGCUUUGAGCAACGUGGCAUGGUAUUCGUCAAGGGAAAAGGUCAACUACUAACUCAUUAUUUGAUCACAAAAAAUGGCGCCUACUUGAACCUGGACAGUGAUAUUCCGAAGGAACCGACGCAUCAGAUCAUUUAUCAGUAGGGAAAAUUAAGAGUAAAAAAAUUGGAAAUUAAUAAAAUCUGUUUCUCCAUUGUCCCUGAGGGCAUUUACGUCAUGAAAACGUAAUAUUACAUUUGAGAAUGUUAAUACUGGAGAAAUCAAGAGAUCCUUAUUGUGUCUCUAACUGAAAUAUCAAUUCAAGAAAAAAUAACUUCGAAUUGACAUUCGAUUGUCAUUUUCUUGUUAACGGGCUUUCAAACAAAACUACUAGAGUAAUUACUAAUUAGGGAUUAUUUCGUCGUGGAGUAUACCAAAUAUCUUGUGUUCCAACUUCUAUUCAAUUGGGUCAUUGAGAGAAUUACGAGGGGUUUGAAUCGGUUGUGAAGUGAUUCAAAAUCGGAGGUAUGAUAGAGUAACAGGAAUUUUUUUUUGUUAUUUUGCUCAUAUCUCGGAGCCUCAUUGGAACAAAAGGAUAAGACCUUCUUUGGAGAGAAUCUUUCGAGACAUAAAUGAUGUUGCUCAGCAGCUUCUCAGUACAUGAACAUUCUAAUUACAUUUUUUAUCGCACAAUUAUUCCAGUAUUUAUUGAUUAUUCUGGCAAGAAUGUCGGGAAUUUUCCGUGCAGUUGUUUUUUUUAAAGAGAAGCUCUGAGGUCUUUGAGAGCUUUUAACAUCGCUCAGGACGGUCGAUAGCAAUUGAUAAAUUUAAAAUUCACGUGGGGAGAAAUCUCAAGACAUCCUAAAAACUAUUAGAUUUGUAAGGCAAUUGCAUUGAACAUUUUAAAGCCCCUCAAAUUUUGUGGCAAAGAAUCCUUUGGAAUUUUUCAAAAUGGCCGCACUAUCAAUUUACACCACUUUUGUUACUAAUUAUUGAACGAUCUCCGUAUCUGCUAAUGUCACACUUAAAUGAACUUGAGGUAAAAAUUAGAUCUCCAGGGGGGAAAGGAGGGGCGAAGAUUAGUUUCACCACAAAAAUUAGUCUCCCAAAUUUAAUUUUUCCAUGCAGAUUCCGAGAUAUUACUAAAAUAAUUAAUUCCACAGUUUUCUAUCAAUUUCCCGUUCUUCAUCACUCCACUACAGCCGAAACGGCAC